CAAGUUUUCGUAGAAGUAGAUGAGUUUAGAGCGCAGCGCGGAGACGCUUUUUGUUCUCGACAAAAAAAAGAAAUUAUAGAAAUUUGUUUUUCUUCAUACGUGUAUAUAACUUUUUUUAACUUCAAAUAAAAAAUAAUUGAACAUAAUUGAGUAAUUGGGCGAAGAGAAAGUUUAACCAAUUGUUCUUAUAGUUUUCUUUGUUUUUUUUUUCACCUCCAAAGUUAAAGGAGAAGACAAUUGACAUUGGUUGGUUGUUUGCGUCGUUUUUUAAAUCAUAUUUCCAAGCAGACGAGUUGUUUGUUUGUUUAUAAAGAAGUAUUAUUAAUUAAAGCUAAAGAAAUGGCUGAUAAAUGUGAGAUAGAAGAAGCAACACCGGCUUCUUCUUUUUUGCCACGUACCUCGUCUGAAUCGGAAUAUGUUGAUGCGCGUAGCAUUAGCAGUGAAACGGAUAAGAUGCUUCCAUUGCCACCUGGCCGGAGUGAAGAUGAAGAACAUAUUUUUGAAGAAGUUCGCAUGAUUUUGCGACGAAGACGCGGCUGGAAUCCAGAUGGAUCGAUUAUGUCACAUGAUUUGGAUUUGCUGGAUGAUGAUGAUUUGGUUGAGGAAGAUGAUCCGGGUUGUCCAUUGCCAUCGACACCAGAAGAUACAGAUUUAAUUGCAGCUGAGAUGACAGAGGUACUAAAAGCUGGCGUUCUAUCUGAUGAAAUCGAUUUGGGAGCUUUAGCCCACAACGCUGCAGAGCAAGCCGAAGAAUUUGUUCGCAAGUUUUAUCUAAACCAGGUAUGGGAAGCAAGCUGGAGCGUUUGUCAUUACAAACAUCUACCAAAAUGGCUGCAGGAUAAUGACUUUCUGCAUCGAGGUCAUCGCCCACCACUGCCCUCGUUUCGUGCUUGUUUCAAAUCAAUUUUCCGACUGCACACAGAGACUGGCAAUAUUUGGACACAUCUUUUAGGUUGUGUGGCAUUCAUUGGUGUUGCGGUUUACUUCCUUUGUUCACAUGACAUUCAGAUCCAGGAGAAGCUUAUAUUUGGAGCAUUUUUUGCCGGUGCUAUUAUUUGUUUGGGAUUUUCAUUUGCUUUCCAUACGCUCAGUUGUCAUUCGGUAGAGAUUGGAAGACUGUUCUCAAAAUUAGAUUAUUGUGGCAUAGCGUUGUUAAUUAUGGGCUCAUUUGUUCCAUGGCUGUAUUAUGGAUUCUAUUGUCAUUAUCAGCCAAAGGUUAUAUAUUUGUCUAUUGUAUCGGUACUAGGAUGUCUAUCAAUUAUCGUAUCGUUGUGGGAUAAAUUCUCUGAACCUGCAUUGAGACCGCUUCGUGCAGGUGUAUUUAUGAGUUUUGGAUUGUCUGGUGUUAUUCCAGCAAUUCAUUAUUUGUUGAUGGAGGGAUGGAUAAAUAGUAUUAGUCGCGCCAGUUUGGGAUGGCUUGUAUUGAUGGGACUGUUGUACAUUAUUGGAGCAUUGCUGUACGCUCUCCGAGUUCCAGAAAGAUGGUUCCCAGGAAAAUUCGAUAUCUGGUUCCAAUCCCAUCAAUUGUUCCACAUUUUGGUAAUCGCUGCAGCAUUUGUUCACUACCAUGGAAUCACAGAGAUGGCAAUGUAUCGUGUAACCGUUGGCGAAUGCACUGUUCCGCACGAGCCAAUACAAUUCUAAUUAUUAACGAAUUAACAUACCUUUUAAUACGAAAUAAUAAAAUAGUACAUAAUUCCAAAAAUGUAACGAAGACAAAUUUGCAAAGAACAAAACUGAAAACUACAACAAAAAAACCAUUUCCAUCAUGACUUUGAAAAAAAAAAAAACAAAAAUAAAAUAACAAAAUCACUGCAUUAUUACUUAUAAAAAAAAAGAGAUUGUCUCGAUGAAAAUGUUUUGAACUCUUUGGGCGCACACAGCUAACUUAUGAAUGAACAGAAAACGAAAUAACUUCCAGCUUCCAAAUUCUUCAUCAGUAAUUUGCAGAGCACCAAUCAUUAUCCAUUUUUGCAUUCUCAAAAGAAAAAUAGUCUAUAAGUUGUCUAUACUUCGAAAUGAAAGUAAAGAAAGAAAAUAAUAAAAAAAAAAAAAAAAUAAUAAAAA